AUGGAUCACCUCGUCACUCUCGUCCUCACCGUGCUGGACUAUCUCAUCAUAGCUUGGGAUUUUGUCACCUACUGCAUUCUCGUCCCGUUUACUCCUCUGAUCAAAAUCUUCAUCGAUUGGUUUUUUAGAACGCAGCUGAACAUUAAAGUAGGAGGCGAUGUUGCCUGGGAUAUCCAAGCAUAUAAUUGGCGCUGUUAUCCGAUCGGGUUGUCACGUGGCCUUGUUGGAGUGGCGGAGUGUUGGAUGAACGGCUGGAUUACAGUUAGCAACUUGGAGUUGCUGUUCACCAAAUUUCUGGAGAAUAAGGGACCCCUGAAACUAAAAUAUAUCGAACCUGGCUCAUCCUUCUUGCUUUAUCGUGUCAGGUGGAAUUGGUUCAAUAUUCAGACACCAAAGCGGGCAAAGUUGUUUUGUAAAAUGUCGUAUAACUUGGGGCCCGAUUUUUUCAAAACGUUCCUCGACUCAUCGCUCCUCUUCUCGGUGUCUUACUACGGCCGUGGCGCGGCCAACAUAGAGGACUCCCAACACCAUAAAAUGGAACUAACCGCGGAAAAGCUGCAACUCAAGGCGGGCAUGCGCGUUCUGGAUUUAGGCUGCGGAUUUGGCGGAUUGAGUCGCUAUCUUGCUAAAAACUUUGACAUCCAAGUCGUCGGGGUAACGAAUUCUUCAUCCAUGGCGGCCUACGCGCGGGACAUUUGUUACGGAUUACCCGUGGAAAUUAGAGAGAUUGAUUGGCGUGAAAUUUCCGAAGAAAAAGCAUUCGAUAGAAUUGUAGGGAUUGAAAUAUUGUUCCAUAUCGGAUCUCACAAUUUGGAAGCAUUUUUCAAAAAGUUGUUCAAUUUAUUAAAACCCAAUGGAAUUUUGGUCACUACAUGUUCAGUUUAG